AUGUCUUCACCUAACAGUUCUCUUCCCAGAUCAUCAUCAAGAAGACGUCCAUCGGUUAUAGACGUGACGUCGAAAAUUCAUGAAGAAGACAUAAAAAAAUCACUGCUGGCAGCGAAAACUCCAAAUAUAAUUUCAAAACGUCGUGGAUCGGCUGUUUCGAUUGAAUCCAUUAAAUCAAAUUCUCGUAGAAGUUCUAUUAUGAUUUUAUCGCAACCAAUGAACACCGACGAGUUUAUAAAAUCUUCGGAUUUCUCACCUUCAAAAAUGCAUUUUCCUCCUCCCCCUCCACCGACAUUAUCUCAACAUGCUCAGCAGCAGCAACAACAACAACAUUCACGUUCCCUUUCAACUCCAAUAAUACCUUCCUUCAAGUCUCAACGUCCUUUAAUUCCUUCGAUAAACUAUGAUAAUCAUAAUCAAUAUAAAAAACGUGCCAAAAUAUCUUCUAGGAAAUUAACAAAUUUUUUUGGAGAUAAACCUCCAAUAGAUAUUUGUGUUAGGGAAAUUGAAAAGGAAGGGUUAAAAGCUAUCUUGCAUUCAAAAAUACCUUUAUGCUAUUUCUUAUAUUCGUUGCUUGAAGAGUAUUCAUGCGAAAAUUUGUUUUUCUUUCUAGAAGUAGAGCAAUAUGAAUCAUUUGACUUUUUAAAUUCAACGCAACAGUAUACAACGGCACAACAUAUAUUUGAUACAUAUUUAACUCGUAAUUCACAAUUUGAAGUAAAUAUUGAUGAUAAAGUUCGUAAAUCCGUCAUAGCUUCAAUAAAGAGUCAACGUGAUCCAAGAAAUUGUUUUGACGAUGCGAAGAGAGCCAUCUUUGUGUUGUUGGAAGUUAGCUUUGCUCGAUUUAUCCGAAGUCCCACAGCCGAACUAAUGAAACAAGAAAUAGGAGUGAAUACGACUCAUUAUUCGGAAAGUGCGCGAGAUGCCGCGAUAUUUAUGUUAUUCCGAUAUUUGGAAAAACAAAAUGCAUCACCACCAUUUUUAAGCUCAAAACCCACCAAACCAUUUAUGAUUUCCACAAAUAAACACACGGAUAAUGAAAUCGACAUUAUAUCACCACUUCCAUCACCAAGUUUACUGGUAUCGCAGAAAAGGAAUGAUUUGAUCCGUACAAUGAUUCAUGAAUUUUUAAAGACCUUAUUAGAAAUUGAUGUAGAACAUUUUUAUUAUGAAAAUUUUAGUAGGAAUAAUAAAAAUAAAAGUAGUGAAAAGGUUAACGAAAUAUAUUAUAGUGGUGGUAAUGGAUAUGGUAAUAGAAUUUACACGGGCGGUAAUGGAACUAACGGUGGUUAUGAUGAUGACUUUGAUAUUUGGAGUAACGAUGAUGAAUGUAUUGAAAUGAUGAAUACUGGGAAAAAGAUUUCCACAAGAGACCAAUUAAAGAAAAAACCAUUUAGGAGGCCGACAAUGAAAUCCGGAAGGAAAAUUUAA